AUGCCCUCACUACGCAACAUCCUCCACAAACGCGACGACCUCAGCACCACCCAAACACCCCAAAAUGCACCAGCAACACCCCCAGCACCCGAGUUCAAGCUCAUCCGCACAGACACACACACCCAGGAGAUAAUAAUCCCACCAUCCAACCCAAACGACCCAACCCCAUACCUAUCAUCACCAACUCAAGAAGAGCCCACGUCUCCCCGCCGGAGCUUCCAACUCUUCAACCGCUCCCCCAGACUCUCCUCUGCCUCCUCGCAAUCUCCACCCCGUCGCGAGCGCCGUCUCUCAAACCUCCUACAUCUCGACCACCGCAGUCGCAGUAACUCGCGUGACUCUUCCGCCAACAUCCCCGCGGACCUGCCGCAGAUCGAUGACGAUCAUGGCGCGAGUAAGCAGGAGCGCGAGGCAUUAUGGGAGAAGAGGGCUACUGUGCUAGUACAGCAGAAUCCGCAGUUUGCGCAUUCUGGCUCAUCGUUGCCGGGGCAGCAGGGUGAAGGAGAAGCGUCGCUAGGUUUGGGAUUGGGGCUGGAGCAGGUUAGGUCAAGGAGCUCGAGUCAGAGUCGGGUCGGGUUGGAUCCAAAGGAAGAUAUUAAUAUUCAAGAGGCGAUUCGACUGCAUGAAGCUGGUGAACUCGAGCGAUCAACUCGCAUGUUCGGACAACUUGCCGAUCCAAAUGGCGCAAAUAAUCCCUUGAGUCAGGUUCUUUAUGGCCUCGCGCUACGACACGGAUGGGGUUGUCCUGUAGAUCUUGCACGCGCUGUGACUUAUCUCUCUGCCGCAGCAUCCAAUUCCGCCGCGGUUGAAGCGGAGGCCCUCCGUGCUGGGUUGGCCAAUUGCUUCCGCCAUGGGUGGGGCAUAUCAAAGGAUCCUCCUGCUGCUAGACAGUAUUACGAGACUGCUGCGAAUUUGGGUGACACUGAUGCCAUGAACGAAGCGGGUUGGUGUUAUCUAGAGGGAUUCGGGGGUAAGAAGGACAAGUUUAAAGCGGCCAAGUAUUACAGACUUGCCGAGGAGAAUGGGUGUCCUACUCUUGGGAAUUCAUGGAUCUGGAAAGACAAGUAUAACCCGAAGUAA